UUUACCCACCACAAGUUCACAAACUGACCAGUUCCAAAAAUGAUGACAAAUGGAAGAAUCAUUUAUGCAACACACCAAAUCAACCAUUGGUUUCACUGGGUAUAUAUAAGCCGCUGCAUUCAAUUCAUUAUGAACUUCCUCGUUAAUAUAUUGCAUAAAAAAAAAGAAAAAGAGAGGGGCACAAAGACACAUUCAUUUCAUUCCUUGAGAAUAAUCGAUGAGCGCACGAGAGCAACCACUCAGGCCACAUGCCGCCACCGCCCAAUCAGCGGAUGACAUCAAUGAGACCAUCCGUGAUGACCGACACGGUCCUCAGAUGGUCAAUCCAUCUGAAGGCCCAAAAGAGAAAGAGGUUUCUUCUCCAAGAAGAAUCACAAUUACUAUUGGAGAAGCGUUGGAAGCAACGGCCUUGACGGCAGGGGACAGAGCAGUGGAUUACGGAGAUGCGGCUGCGAUACAAGCGGCGGAGGUUAGGGCCACAGGGCGGACAAGCAUAGUCCCCGGCGGUCUUGCGGCGGCCGCUCAAUCGGCAGCUUCCCGCAACGCGCGCGCCACGUGCGAGCGGGACAAAACGAAACUGAGUGAGAUCCUUUCGGACGCGAGCUCAAAGCUGCCGUGCGAUAAGGCGGUGACCCGCAGGGAUGCGGAGGGUGUCAUCGGAGCGGAGGUGAGAAACGACCCCAAUUUGUGCACUCGUCCCGGCGGCGUCGCCGCUUCCGUGGCGGCCGCCGCAAGGCUCAACAGCCAGAACUCCGCCGACGUGAAGCACAAUUAGCGGACUAGAGACUAUUCGUCCCCAUUCUUAGUAUUAUCAUCAUCAUCAUGUACGGGGGAGUAAUAUUUUUUGUGGGAGUUGUUUUUUGAGGAGUAAAUUCCAUAAAAGGUCCCCAGUUAUAGGUCGUUUUACAUAUUUAGUCCCUACAUAUCAAAUAUUACUAAUUUGGUCCCCAAUUAUUAUAUUUAUUUCCAUGAAUCGUCCUUUGUUAACAUUUUCGUUAAAACGUGGAUAAAAUUAAAAAUUCACACUUCUUUCUCUCCUCAAUUAAGCUUCCUCUUCCCU